AUGUUGCAAUCACCAUUCUCCUUUGACUCUUCAAGGAGACCACCAAGAAAGAGAAGACUGUCACAAUCAGUGUUACAAUCAGUGCCACAAUCAGUGUCACAAUCAGUGUUGGAACCACUGACACCAGAAACACACAGCAGUAAUUGUAGCUCUGUGUUGCCUACCCCACAACCAUACUUGUUACACUCUACGCCACCCUCGAUUGUAUCAUCUACAACCACACCCUCUUUACCCAACCACUUAAACAACAACUUGAACAACAACUACAAAAGACAUUGCGUACGAGGGACAACUCAAGCUUCUUCAACUCCAUACACAUCCACGCAGCAGCUCGCCUACUUUACUACUCCACCACACACAAAACCUUUGUUAGAGUCGAAACCUUUGUUUCCAUCUACAUCUGUAUCUGUAUCUGCUUCCACUAUUGAAACAAAACUCAAAUUGAUUCAACUAAAAUUCAACUCUAUCAAUACCAUUGAAGACUCACUCAAGGAUGAAAUGAACCAGUUGUUGGACUCUACAAUGCAGGAAUUACAUCUGCUGAAACAAAAAGCUAUGCCGAGGAAAUCUAGUUUUGACUUGUUUUUUAAUUCUCAAAAAAACACUAGCUCCAACCCCAUUACAAUUAACAAUACAAACUGUGAAAUAAAAAACACUCAAACCUUGUUGCCACCAUUUGAGGACAUACUGCCGCAACCAAACAAAAACAUGGACUAUAUCUUUGAAACGCCAAAGCACCAAAUUACAAAGGAAACACAACCACAGUUUAUAAAUGCACCAAGACAGCAUCCACAACCAAACCUGCAACCAAGCACUUGUUGUCACCUGGAUAUUUACACUACAGCUCAAGUUGGUGAACACAAAGAGAAUAUAUUCGCUAACGCUCUACCCCUUGCAAAUGAAUCUUUUAAAUUCUUGCAAGACUUAUCCAAAUGCUAA